CGGACAAAAUGGUUCAACGCUUGACUCUGAGAAGACGUCUCUCCUACAACACCAAGUCCAACAGGAGGCGUAUUGUGCGCACACCUGGCGGUCGUCUGGUAUACCAAUAUGUGAAGAAAAAUAAGACCGUGCCAAAGUGUGGUCAAUGUAAAGAGAAGCUAAAGGGUAUUCGCCCCACACGCCCAUGCGAACGUUCCCGCCUGUCGAAACGUCAAAAGACCGUUGCCCGUACCUAUGGUGGUGUUUUGUGCCACAGGUGUCUGCGUGAGCGUAUCGUUCGUGCUUUCCUCAUCGAGGAACAGAAAAUCGUGAAGGCGCUGAAGAGCCAACGUGAAUUGUUGGUAAAACCAGUAAAGCCCGUAGCCGAGAAGAAAACCGCCAAGGCGCAAGCUAGCAAAACAGCGGGAGGCAAGUCAGCUGCCAAGAAACCCGGCCAGAAAUCCACUGGCAAAUCCAAGAAGUAAACAAUAGUUGAUGGUUACGCGAAGGAUGGGAUGAUUUUUAAUGUAAAAGUGGUUUAGAGAAGAAUAGGGUGUAAUAAAAUUUAAAUUGUACGUUGAAUCCUGAACGUAUAAUGUAUGAUGAAAAAUAUAGAAGCACUGUUCUUUUUUAAA